CGUUGUGCAAUUCCCUUUGCUGGCGCGCUGCCAACAUAGUCUCCGCAUGGGCGAGCCGACGCGGCUCACCAGCCACCUUCGCCUUCGCCACCCGUCCGACGAACCACGUACCGCUUCAUCCGUCACGGUGAGGGCUAUUUUAAUCUCUCAACUCCACGUUGGCCUCUCCGCGAAAUCACGCGAUUCACCCAGGCACGCCCAUAUGGGCGCAUAUUCACGCCUACUGUCGACCACAUAAAAGACCGGAUUAGGUUUCUCUCAAAGCCGAGACAGCGGCCCUCAAAGCGGACCGACUCCUGUGACGACGCAACGACCCGCAAACGCCGUCUCUGCGUGCGAACUACAGUCGGAACGUCUACGAAGAUCUUGUACAGUCC